AGCACGGCACAGAAGCAGCAGCGAUGCAGAAGGACUUCAAGCCCCUCAUCCUCGAGUCAACCGGCGGCCUACACAAGGACAGCUUCAACUGGCUUCGGAAACUCGCCGGAGCGAAGGAGCACCCCUACACGCCGAACACAGCGCUGAGCACCCUCCUGACGAGGAUCUCGCAGGCUCUGUACGAGGGGAACGCGUACAUGUUCCACGUGGCAGACAGCAACUUCAAGCAGCAGCAGACAAGACAGCUGGCCGGGAGAGUAAUAGCCUAA